AUGCAUGCCAGCAAGAGCACCGUGGAGGACCCUGGCAGUCCCUGCGAUUCCAGUGGGAUCAAGCGCGAUUACCGAAUGGAAGAUACCGCGGAACUGGAACGUCAUGGGAGAACAGCGACAGGAAUCACUCCACAUGUAUACUUUCUCAAGCAGAUGAAUGUUUUGCCUGGCGAGGAAACGGAAUCGAGGGACUCGGGAAAGUCAAUCCGGCGUACAGACAAGGACGACGGGAGCCGAGAGCAGGGGCCCUCCAUCGGCUGCAUCGCAGGCAGCGACACUGCGCGGAAAGCCUGGACUGGGGAGGCUGCUGAAAGCGAGGCAGUCUACGGCGAAGCAGGCGACUUGAAGUUGAAGCAUCUGCUGCAUCGCGUUAUCACAACAUGA